AUUGCGCCGUGUUCCGCCCGAAGUGUGACGAUGAUGACUUCGAGUGGUGGCCGUGCAAGAGGUGCUCUCCGGAGUUCCCGGUUUUGAAAGAGGAUGGAAGAUGCAGGAAGGCAGGUAACAAAGGUCAACCUAGUUGUCCUCGUGUGGUUUUUUCGUUCUACUUUUGAUGUUCUCCAAAUGCGCUUUUAUACAUGGCAGAAACGAGAGGGAUUCUACCCCUGAUUUUUCCACCGUGUGACAAACUAAACGUCUCAGGUGUCCUCUACGAAGAGAAGUCUAAGUUUGAUAUUGCGGACAGCGGUUUCUACCCGCCUUCCUUCGUGGAUUUUGGGAACGGCACGAUCCUGCACACCUGCCAGCAACUCCCGCACAAAAUGUCGAUUUCCGGGGAGCUUCCCAAUGUCUUGGACCCCUGGCCACCGACGAAGAAAACUAGUACAACGUCUUCCACUGCUGCAGCCGGUAAACAGAACAAGACAAACCUUCUGUUCGAGAAUCAUGAAAGCGACAAGAACAAUUUCGCAGCCAGCACGGAGUUGGAAGUCGACCAGGAGACGGGGCAGCUGCAAAUCAUGCUGGAGCAAACCCCGACUAUUCAACAGCAGAAGGAGCCGCCCCCGAAGUGCGGUCCCUUUUUGAAAACCUUGAAUUUCACCGACAUCCUGCAUGCCCCCUUCGGCGUGGUGAAAAUUUCUUUCCGGUUCUGGACGCUCUUCUGGGACCGCCCGAGCUUCAUCUACGUGAAAAUCAACGGGGAAAACGUGAUCGCGCGGGAGAGCGGGAGGAUUUGCGAGUUGUUUGACAACAUGCACAGCUUCUACGACAGUUUGGGGAACGGAUUUGAGUACUUGCUGGAAGACGCGCCGCAGGGGACCCUGGUGUGUUUCACCAAUUUUACCAUCGGAGCGUUUUAUCACUUAGAAGACGGGUACGAGAAGUUCAAUUUCACGGACGUUAUUGAUUACAAGUACUUGCCGGCGAAAAUACGACCAGGGGGAAAAUCAAAUGUGGCCAGUGCCGCGGGUGCUGGUUCUCAGGGAGGAAGCAACACUAGUAC